AUUAUUUUGCAAGGGAGCGCGAAAGAAAUCUUCAACCUUGAGGUUCGAUUGAUUACUGAUUUCAAGUUGUAUUCCGUGGAAACAGCAAGUGUGUUAUCUGCAACAAGCAACAACUGAUGAUGGUUUACCACAAAGGUGUGUCUGCAAUUCUGAUAAUAUUUUGUCACAUCCAUGCAAACUUUGGUGCGCCGAACAGUGACCUGGAGAUCAGGUAAGCUUCCAUUGGAACUUACAACCUUUUGCAAACCAUUUCGUAGAACUAAGUUGUGAGCUAAACGUUUGGAAAAUUUUAAGACUUUCGAAGAAAUAACUAAUCCAACCUUAUAGUCAUUCUUAUCUGAUUUAAGUUAAAAUGGAGAUAUAGAUGUAACUGCUAGUAUACUUGACGUUCUGAGAAAUUCUCCCUUAUUCCUGGUUAAAAUUUAUUGUAUAAACUAUAAAUAACAUUUUUUGUUUUAAGUAUACGUAUAUUAACCUUCUUUAAACUGGUUAAACAGGACAUGGUUUGCAUAAAUGAUUUAUUCAAGAAAUACUUUAACUACAGCCUAAUCAUAUCCUAUUAUGUAUCUAUACUGUACGUUGCAUUAUGUAGCGUUAUCAAUUAAACUAGCCUAGUAUAUUAUAGCUAUAGAGGUGGUUGUACAAAGCCGAGUAACGCUAUAUACAACGAAUAGUCAUUUUUUCAAGCAAUAUAAAAUUAUCCGUCUUUUGAUAUAACCCAGUAUGAACUUUAGCAUUUGUAAUUAAUAAAGUUGGGAGGUCUAUGAUCAGAUAAUUGUAUCAAGAAAGCACUGUUUGGUGGAUAGCGCUACCUAGUUUUCGAGUCCCAUGGACCGACUAUACUGCGCGGCUGUAAAAACUUAAUGCUUAUAUACCAAGACUGUAUUUAAUUAUUCCACCUACUGGGAAGCUGUUUAGUUCAAUUUGUCCUUGAGAAGUCAUUAUUGCAGAAGCUUAUUUUAAUAUCUGCAAAGUCAAUAGGGUGCAGAUGCAUGCAGCAGUGGACAUUCAAUAUAAUUUUAAAAAAAAGUUUGUUAACAACAGUAAUGAACAGGUUUAGCUAAUUCGUCAUUGCUCAUUCUAUAGAGAUGAAAUAAAAAAUGCUAAUGAUGAUGUUGUUCAAUCGGAUGACCAAGAUCCAAACUAUCCACCGCGAGGCCUGCCUGGAAGAGAUGGUAAGUAGCCAGACAUGAUAUUUCAUAUAUUAUUUUGAUAAUUAGAGAUGUAUAUAACAGUAUUAUUCUCUGAAAUUGAAAAGAUAGGUAUACAUAAUAAUGGUUAGGUAUAAUGUUGGAGAGCAUAAUAGAAAACAAAAAUGUUAGCUUGUGGGUCGAUUCAAAAAAAGAAAUAUCUUUGAUACUAUUUGCAUAUUAUAUUUGAAUAACAAAUGUCUUCGUUCUAUUUACUGGUGAAUAUAUAUUAAAAGAUAUCCGGCGUCCAGCAUCAUUGAGUAGAACUCAAGCAAAUAAAGAAACUCAUUGAUCCCUUAUCCUAUUUUAUGCAUGCCUAUCCAAUCAAGCCAUCAUAAGAAACUCCAUUUUAAGUCUUCUCCCGUUUUGUUGGUGCUACUGGUUCUCGCUGUUUCUGUUAAUUUUGACUAUAUUGCAUCAAUCACUCAAAAAGACCAAGAUAGACUGCCAUAUAUCGCCGUGGAGAAAUAGAAAGCAGGUUUAAAACAUCAAAAAGUAUUACUAAAUAAUAAUUUACCGAGACAAUAGAACUCUAUUUCAAUGAAAGCUUUAUCAUCUCGUCUAUCGUUUCAUUCAUUAGGCAUAUCAUGCUAUUUUCUAUGCAUGUAAUAAUUAAUAUUGAACGAUUGCGUCGACUUGACAAGAGCAGAAUUGAAAACCAAGCUACCCCUUGUUUUAUCUUAUCUUCAGUUUAUCGCUACAUACAAUUCUUCGUUUCCAUAUAGGACGAGAUGGACGUGACAGCUUUGUUCCAGGUAUACAGCAAAUUUUACUUGUUAACCUAACUCUACAAGAUACUGGUGCAUGGCUGGUGUUAGUUAAACCAAGUUGACAUAAACACAUUUAGUAACUGCAUGAAAAUAGUAAUUAUUCUCGAAUUAUUGUUAGCCAGUCUACGGUGAAGGGAAAAAUAAGAGAAGCAAACACAAUUAUCGACAUUUGCUUAUGAUAUCAAAACAAAUGUAUACGAUCAAAGUUCUAUUUCAUUUCAAUUCGGAAAAAAUUUUAGACAGUUUAUCAGAUAUGAAUUCAGAUCACUGAAUGAAAUAACUUUAUGUAUUUCCUUUAGGACCACCAGGAAAAACUGGACCUAGAGGAUUUCGGGGUAAACGAGGAGCAGCAGGGGGUUCUGGAGGAUCCGUCUAUACAAGAUGGGGUAGGAAGAGCUGUCGCAGAGGGACUACGCUGUUAUACGCGGGUGUGUAUAUAGACGUUUAGAUUUUCAUUCCAGUCAUUAAAUCCUGGGUGAUAAAAGUUGUGUGGGUGUCUUGAGCACAAAAACCGAGGAAAAACUUUAAAGCC